AUGACCUCAAACUCAAACUCGUGUUUCUUACUUCUUUUAUGCCUCUCCGCCUUCUUUUCCUACUCUCUUCAAGAUGCGUGUACAAACGCAACCUGUGGAGAAGGGACGUGUGUACCUGAUCUAUUAGGGCUACUAUUUCAUUGCGACUGUAAUCCUGGCUGGAAGACCAUCCAAGUUGGACCUAUGUCCUUUGGCGCCUGCAUCAUCCCUAACUGUUCUCUGGACUUCUCAUGCGGUGGUACACAACCUCCGACGCCGCCAUUUCCACCACCGAUUAACUUCACCAGCCCUUGUAACUUAGUUUGGUGUGGCGAUGGCGACUGUGUGGUGAACUCAACCGGAACCGGACACUAUUGUCAAUGUCACGAUCGUGCUGCUAAUUUGUUCAACAAUCCGGAAUUCGUUUGCAUGAAACAAUGCUAUUUGGAUGGAGACUGUAACCGCCUCGGUCUCGGCCCACCGCCGUCGCCCCCUAGCAGUGUCGCCUCACCUGGACCUGGUGGGAAAAACGAGGCUGCGUAUUCACUGGCAAAAAUUCCUACAAUUCUUGUUGCAAUUUUGACAACAUUGUUUCUAUCGAGGAUUUAG